AUGCAUCCUCCCCCGCUCCUCGGCGUGGGUGUCGUCGACCUACUCGACUCCGACCCGCGACCGAGCUUCGUCGUGGCGAUCCCGGCUUCGCCCAAUGACCCCGCCAACGCCGAGGUCGUCUACAGCAACCCGGCUCUCGCCAGCGCACCAGCCCUCAAUGACGUCCUCAUCUCUAUCACGAGCCGUGAUCACGCCAGGUUUUGGGAUUGGAUCACCGCCAAGGGCGCCGACCCGCCGCAGUCUUUCCGGUACAACAACCAUUUUUGGACCCGGAACCUUGUGCUCUCAAAGUGGGUUGUCGUGAGUUCCAACGACUUGCCCAUUUCGUCAGAGCCGCCUAGGAAGACACGCGCCGACGUAUCGGAAGGAAGAGAGACUGUCAGCGGCAUACUGCACUCGCAUACCUCGGCCGCCCAGUCCACAUCCUCGCCAGAAUCCUUUCAAGAGGAUGUCCUCUCCCAUCCCCGAAUCAUCUGGGCAGCUGCUGAGCCAUCUUUGGUUUUGCCAGAGUUCAUUCCGGACCAGGAGCCUUUCCUCGACAUGGUCGAUAGUGUUGACUGGAGCGCAACGCCCCUCGGGCCCAUGGACCGAUGGCCGUCACUGCUCCAUCAGUCAUAUAGCCAGAUCUUGUGCAACUCUCAGCCCAUGGCAAUCUACUGGGGCAGCAACUUCACCGCAGUCUACAACGAAGCGUACGGAGAGAUAAUUGGGGCCCGGCACCCCGACUUGAUGGGCCAUUCCGUCACCGAGGUGUUCCCCGAGAUCGCAGACCAACUCAGAGACAUGAUGAAAAAUCCAGGACAGAGCCGGCGGGCGAACAACGAAGAGAUAUUCAGGUUCUUCGUUGAACAGCGCGACAGGCCGCCGCUGGAGACGUACCUGAAAUGGUCCAUUGUCCCCGUUUUGCACGACAACGAAUGCCUCGGCUUCAUCCACCUGAUAACAGACACAACUCUGUACCAUCUUUUUCGCCGACGGAUCCAGAUGUUGGUGGACAUGGGCGAGGAGCUGGGUACCGCCAAGGAUGUCAAGUCGUACUGGAGCAAGCUGAUCAUGGAGCUUUCGGAAUGCGAGCCUGCGUACGAUAUACCACUCGCCAUGCUGUACUCGAUCGAAUGCGACGGGUCGUCAGAUUCCGGAAGCGAGGCACGGCACGGGUGUAAUUACACAUGUCGUCUGGAAGGGGCUCUCGGGGUUCCGGCAGACCAUCCCGCCAUGCCUGGAAUCCUGCGACUAAAUGAAACCGACGCGGGCCUAGCGCCACAAUUCCGAGCUGCCCUGCGUAACGAGGAGCCUCUAAUAAUCAGCACAUCGGACGGCAGUCUGCCAAAAGAACUACUGGCGGGCUUGCAAUGGCGUGGUUUUGGCGACCCUUGCCAGGCCGCCAUCAUCCUGCCCAUCCGGCCCACGAAAGAGGAGGAGGUCAUGGGGCUUCUGUUGCUGGGCCUCAACCCCCGACGGCCUUAUGACGACGCCUACACGCUCUACAUCCAGCUCCUUUCACAGAAGCUUGCAACGUCGCUGGCGUGCACCGUAUUGUUGGAGGAGGAAAGGCGGCGGGGAAGAAACGCUGCCGAACAAGCUGCCUACGACCAGGCCAUGUUGAAAGAGAAGCUGGCGCACCAGAUAAAGGAGGCGACGGAAUACACACGGCUGUUCCAGACAGUUUCCGACUUCAUCCCCAAUGGCUUCUCAAUUGGCGACCACCAAGGAAACAUCACUUUUGCAAACGGCCUUUGGUACCGCAUAACAGGAUAUCCCGGCGCAACAGCCGAGAACGGAGGUUCUUUCUCCUGUGUGUUGGAGGAAGACCGAAAGAAGAUCCGAGAGGCGUAUAAAGAGCUGAAAACCAAGGAUGAAGUCGAAUUCCAAUUCCGUGUGCGCGGAUCUGAGAACACCAAUAACAUGUUAACACGGAGGUCCCCUUUCAAAGCCGACCUGUACGGCGACCUGGACGACAAGAUGGAACGAUACGUCAUGGCCCAGGCCAAGGCGGAACGAGCCAUGGAUGGAACUAUCAUCCGAACCUUUACCUGCCUUACGGACAUUACCGCUCACCAAAGAACCGCCAACGAAGCGACCCGACGAGCCCAGCAAGCGGAGAACCUGAAGAGAAUGGCUGAACUUGCCACUGUCGGGAUGUUUGACAUGGAUACCGGAGGGCGUCUCCUUGGCGCCAACAACGUCUUCUUCGAAUUGUGUGGCAUUAGCAAGGUAGAUCCCAUGGAGCAUGAGGUGAGGCCGUGGGAGGUUUCGGUGGUCAAAGACGACCUUCCGUAUCUGAGCGAGAGCGUAGCCCGGCUUGUGUCCGAGAAGAAGCCCCAGACAGCCGAGAUCCGUCUGAAAACCACAUGGACAGCCGAGGAUGCUGUGGGGAACCAGAUCACGGCGCCGAGAUGGGUCAACGCCACGUUCAUGCCGGUCUGCAGCUCGGAUGGCGUCGUCCAGUCGUUCACUGGCUGUGUCAGCGAUGUCUCGUUGCAGAAGUGGCAGUUGGAACUGGAGACCAAACGGACCGAGGAGGCCAUCGACUCGAAGCGCCAGCAAGACAACUUUAUCGACAUGACGUCCCACGAGAUGCGAAAUCCGCUCAGUGCCAUCAUCCAUUGCUCCGACGCCAUCAUUGCCUCUCUCGCGAGGUGCGAGGAACUCGUCAACCGGCCACUCAGUCCGACGAUCCUCAGAAUACCUGACGAAAACAGCGACAAACACUUUGAUGUAAAGCAGCUCCUUGCGGAUAGUAUCGAGAACGCCGAGACCAUUGUGGCCUGUGCGCAGCAUCAGAAACGCAUCGUGGACGACAUUCUGACCAUGUCUAAGUUGGACUCCAAGCUCUUGGCCGUCACGCCCUGCACAGUCGACCCAGUGCAGAUUGGGGAAGAGGCAAUUAAGAUGUUCGACGUGGAGGCACGCCGUGUGGACAUUGACCUGAAGAUGACUGUCGAUAAGUCUUACAAAGAAUUGGGACACGUUUAUCUCGAUCUUGAUCCAUCUCGCGUCAAGCAGGUGCUCAUCAAUCUGCUCACCAACGCCCUCAAGUUCACCAAAUCCGGAUCCACCAGGAACGUCUCGGUUUGUAUGAAAGCAUCUCGGGAACGACCAACGGACGAGACAUCUCCCGUGACGUUCAUCCCCCGAUCCUGCAAGGAGGAGUUUGAGUACGAGCAGCCUGCACUCAACAUCCGCAAGGACCCAGUGUACAUCAUGUUCGAGGUCAAGGAUACUGGCCAGGGUCUGUCUGAAGAAGAGAAAUCCAACCUCUUCAACCGGUUUGUGCAGGCGAGCUCGCGGACCCAUGUCAAGUAUGGCGGCUCGGGACUCGGGCUGUUCAUCUCGCGGCGCUUGACGGAGCUGCAGAAGGGAGCCAUUGGCGUGGCCAGCUUGCCGGGGGUAGGCUCCACAUUCGCUUUCUUCAUCGAGGCAUACGUGCCGAGCGAAGCGUCCCUGAAAGAGGCCGAGUCUGCGGCCGCAGCCGCAAGGAUGGCGACUUUAGCUACCGCGGCCAAUACACCGCUUGGCGUCCCCCGGGCAAGAGCCCCCACGAACGGGCGGAGAACACCUGGCUCGCGGCCGAAGCCCCAGGUUCUCAACCCCCGGCUCGACGGCAUCCUGAUCGUGGAGGAUAACCUUAUCAACCAGCAAAUCACCCGCCGGGGUCUGCAGGAUAGGGGUUUCACCGUCGACGUGGCCAAUCACGGAGUCGAGGCCCUGGAGAGACUCAUGCGGUCCAUGUCUCUGCAACACGAGGAGGAGGGUUACUUUGCCCAUAGCGCUGCAGACACUCAGACGCUUCCUCCCGUGGCCAUCAAUCUGAUCCUCAUGGACAUUGAGAUGCCGGUGCAGGACGGUCUAACGUGCACACGGCGGAUCCGAGAGCUGGAGCGGGAAGGGAGGGUGUUUUGUGCCAGCGGUGGAAGAAUCCCCAUUAUCGCCGUUAGCGCCAACGCAAGGCCGGAGCAGAUGCAAGACGCCAAGAAAGCGGGAUGCGACGAUGUGCUGGUUAAACCCUAUCGGAUGCCGGAGCUGAUCGAGAAGAUGCAAAUGGUCGUUCGGCGGGUGGGGGGUCUGUCACCUGGCUCGCCUAUGGGGGGGUGA